UUAAAAUGCACCUCGCUCCAUUUUAUGCAUCGGAUAUUUACCAAAGGUGUAAUGAGACGGCUCAUCCUGUAGGUGGUGUCAGGGAUUUCUUUUUUUCCCUAUCUUCCACUCGGUGACCCAUUCCAUGCAAGGUUCUUACUCUGCAGUGUCUGCCAUGUCUGCCAUGUCUGCCAUGUCUGCCGUGUAUCUUCAAGAAAGGCAGAUAGCUCUCCGUCCCCGUUGUGAUUUUCUUUUGCUUUAUCUCUCUUCAUUUUGCUUGCAAUUGUCCGUUUUUCAUGAGCUUGUUCGGCGAUUAGUUUUUUCCCGUAUAGCAUUUUUUUUACUUUAACCAUGGAGGACAAGAAUGUAGAACUGGGCGUGAUCGCUAGGUCGACGUCUUCUGAUGAGAUACCUCAUGCCGGGUCGAAAGGCAAUACCAGCAGAGAUGAUCGGGAAAUGGCAUAUUUUGGAAAACGCCAGCAAUUGAAGGUAUGCGCCAAGCACAAGUAUCAUUGACAAAGCUGAAAUGACAUAGCGUAAUUUUGGCUUCUUGUCGAUUGCGGGUUUCGUCUGCAGUUUGCUUUCGACAUGGGAAGGAAUGUUUGCAGUCUUCCUUUACGGAUUCCAAAACGGUGGACCGGCAGGAUUAGUUGUAAGUCAUUCGUCGUAGUCUACUUAAACUCAAAUGUUGUUGCAAUAUACUAAUCAUCGAUGUCCAGUACGGCUAUAUCUUCUGUUUUCUUGGUACAUUAUGUACCGUCGCCAGUUUGGCAGAGAUGUCCUCCAUGUCCGUAUAGCCCUUCCCCUGCGGGCGCAUAGAUCUGAUAGCAGCAAUAAGGAUGCCAUUGAGCGGCGGUCAAUAUCACUGGGUGUCGAUUCUCGCCCCUAAGUCCCACGCAAAGUUCCUCUCAUACAUGACAGGCUGGCUUACAGUCAUUGGCUGGCAAGCAGGCCAAGCAAGUGUUGCUUUCCUUUGCGCAACAUUAGUCCAGGCUUUGGUGAUACUAAAUCAUCCAACCUACGUCCCUGAGCGAUGGCAAGCGACUUUGAUAUUCUACGCAGUUCUAGCUGUUGUUUUGUUUGUCAAUACGUAUUUGGCUCGCUGGUUGCCAAAGAUUGAAGGAUUGGUUCUUUGCAUCCAUAUACUUGGAUUCUUUGGUGUUCUUAUUCCUCUAGUCUACCUUGCGCCUCAUGGAAAGGCAAGUGAUGUCUUUGCUACGUUUGUCAACGGUGGUGGUUGGUCCACAGAUGGAAUAUCAUUCUUUAUUGGCUUGAUUACAAGUGUUUUCUCCUUUCUAGGUAAGACUGGCCGUUUACUUCCUCCCUGUAAUGCUCGUAGCCAAGAGUGGAACUAAUACUAGUCCCAGGAGCCGAUUCUGCUUGCCAUAUGAGUGAGGAAAUUCACAAUGCCUCUACCGUCGUACCUUGGGCAAUGAUCACCACGAUUCUUUUGAAUGGUGCUCUAGGUUUCGCGCUACUUAUAGCCCUUCUCUUCUGUCUCGGAAAUAUCAAUGACGCUCUCACUUCUCCUACCGGCUUCCCGUUUAUUGAGAUAUUUAGGCAAGCCACUAGUAGUAACUCUGCUGCAACUGGAAUGACAUGUAUCAUUGUGAUAAUCAUGUUCGCCGCGGCCAUUGGUAUUAUGGCAACUGCUUCACGUUUAUUGUGGGCUUUCGCGAGAGACCAUGGAGUACCAGGUAGCGCAUAUCUCUCCCGUGUAAGCAGGUUCCCAAACCCCUUUGUUGAUCCCGUCUAACUCUCUACAGGUGCACGAACCAACAGCACUACCAUUAUAUUCUCUUCUAGUCAGUGCCAUUAUCUCACUCUUAUUGGCACUCAUAAAUAUUGGAAGCACUGCCGCAUUCAACUCGAUCGUCUCCGUUAAUGUUGCGGCAUUUUUUACCUCCUACAUGAUACCCAUCGUCCUGAUCCUCAAAAAGCGACUUCGCAGAGAUCCAGUAAAAGAUAAGAUACAUUGGGGACCGUGGAGAAUGGGUCCAGUCCUUGGUCCAAUUGUCAAUAUUGCCGGAUUGAUUUAUUCGAUGAUCACCAUGUUUUUCAGCUUCUGGCCCAAUACACAAGUCGUUACUCCGGUUACUAUGAAUUGGUCCUGUGUUAUUUUUGCUGCUGCUAUUCUUUACAGUGUGGUGUUCUACAUGAUUUGGGGUAAACACUCUUACAAGUGGCCAAUCGUUGAUCCUAUAAGAAGACAGCAGUAGAUCUGCUAUAUGAUGGAUUUUUGACACUAUCAAAGUUGUCGGUAUAUAGUAUUACGUAUUGUUUUUAUUUGAUCGAUUUUAUGAAUCGUUGCCUGGUCAUUGGGAUUAGAUCAUAGAGCUUCAUUUUAAUAAUUCCCAAUAGAUAAAUGAAAGGUUCGUCGCAAUCGGAAAGCGU